CAUCAUCGUUUCUCCAUCGCCAGCCCCGCGCCGCCGUCAUCUGCCCAGACCACAACACCAUCAUCUUUUCUUCCUCGCCAGCCCCGCGCCGCCAUCAUCGACCGAGAAGCUCCAGCCGAAUCCGCCGUUUACCAGAGAAUUGAAUUUUUGUCAAAAAUGGAAUGACAAAUAAACUGCCCAUAAGGUUGAGUUGAAACUUGAGAGUCGACUCUCAGGAUUGGAACAAGCGACGGCAGGCAUGGCAAUCCUCGCGUUGCCGAUGGUGAUUUCCUUCCUUAAGCCUCAGGCAUGCAGCCUCUCCCUAUUCCGCUCGGUCAUUGGCGUAAACCCCAGUCGCUUUCGAGUCACUCGGCGCCAUUUCAGAAGAACGACGGUUUCCGCGAUAAGCAACUCUGCCUUUCAGCAGCAGCAUCAGCACUCCUCGACCGAGCCGAACAGUGAGCCGCCUCGGAAACCCUUAGCCCUCACUUUCAGCAAGCUAUUCAGCGGCUCCAGGAUUAUUGGGCUUCAGUUGGUUGUGCGGUGAUGCAAUGUAGUAACACCGAGGUUGGUGCUGGGACUAUGAAUCCUCUCACUUUCUUGAGGGUCCUCGGUCCUGAGCCAUGGAAUGUGGCUUACGUAGAGCCAAGCGUUCGACCUGAUGAUAGUCGUUAUGGAGAAAAUCCUAAUAGGCUUCAGCGCCAUACACAAUUUCAGGUUAUAUUGAAGCCUGAUCCUGGAAAUUCGCAAGAUCUUUUCAUUCGCAGUCUCUCAGCUUUAGGCAUCAACAUUAGUGACCAUGAUAUACGGUUUGUGGAGGACAACUGGGAGAGCCCGGUACUUGGUGCUUGGGGAUUGGGCUGGGAAAUCUGGAUGGAUGGGAUGGAAAUCACUCAAUUCACUUACUUUCAGCAGGCUGGAAGUCUUCAGUUGUCACCAGUAUCUGUUGAGAUAACUUAUGGCCUUGAGCGCAUCCUCAUGUUGCUUCAGGGAGUUGAUCAUUUUAAGAAGAUACAAUAUGCUGAUGGCAUUACCUAUGGAGAGUUGUUUUCUGAAAAUGAGAAGGAAAUGAGUGCGUAUUACUUGGAACAUGCCAGUGUUCAUCAGCUUCAUAAUCACUUUGAUCUUUUUGAGGCAGAAGCUCGUUCUCUGCUUGCUUUAGGCUUGGCCAUUCCCGCGUAUGAUCAGCUUCUGAAGACAUCUCACACAUUCAAUAUUUUGGACUCUAGAGGAUUUGUUGGUGUGACUGAGCGUGCUCGUUAUUUUGGUCGAAUGCGUAGUUUAGCUCGCCAGUGUGCUCAACUUUGGUCGACAACCAGGGAGUCACUGGGCUAUCCGUUGGGUACUGUUUCUGAACCUGCUCAUUCUACCUCUACUCAACAGUUUUUGGAGGCAGAGACCAAGACGGUUCUUGAUGACACAAGGUCAUUUGUACUCGAAAUUGGGACUGAAGAGUUGCCUCCUCUUGAUGUUAUUUAUGGCGGCGAGCAGCUUGAAGGUUUACUACUUCAAUUGCUAGAUAAACAGAGAUUGGGCCAUGGGAAAAUUCAAGCAUUUGGCACUCCUCGCAGAUUGGUGAUAUUUGUGGAGAACCUUAGCACUAAGCAAUCCGAAAGGGAGAUUGAGGUUCGGGGUCCCCCGUUUCAAAGGCUUUUGAUGGGCAGGGAAAACCUACGAAGGCCGCUGAGGGUUUUUGCCGUAGAUACAAUGUGUCUCUGGACUCACUAUUUAGAAAGGUUGAUGGGAAAACAGAGUAUGUUCAUAUCCAUGUGAAGGAAGCUGCACGACUGACAUCAGAGAUCUUAUCUGAAGAGUUGCCUGGUAUUAUCAGUAAAUUAUCAUUCCCAAAGUCCAUGCGUUGGAACUCUCAGGUUAUGUUCAGCCGGCCCGUUCGUUGGAUUAUGGCCUUGCAUGGAGACAUUCUGGUUCCUUUCACAUUUGCUGGAGUUUUAAGUGGAAAGCUAUCAUAUGGCCUUCGCAAUACCGCUUCAGCUAUAAUUCAGGUUUUAAGUGCUGAAUCCUAUGCAAGCGCGUUGAUGACUGCUGGAAUUAAUAUUGCAAUAAAGGGUCGAAAGCAAAGCAUUUUGGAGCAGUCUAAUAUGUUGGCAAAAAGUGUCAAUGGUCAUAUCUUUGUGCAGGAAAAUUUACUCAGCGAGGUAGUAAAUCUUGUUGAGGCACCAGUAGCGGUGCUUGGAAAGUUUAAAGAGUCAUUCUUGGAGCUCCCAGACGAUCUUUUGAAAAUGGUCAUGCAGAAGCACCAGAAGUAUUUUGCAAUCAUUGAUGACAGUGGAAAGCUACUUCCAUACUUUAUAGCAGUCGCAAAUGGGCCAAUAAACGAGCUGGUGGUUAGAGAAGGGAAUGAAGCUGUGCUUAGAGCACGGUAUGAAGAUGCUAAAUUUUUCUAUGGGAUGGAUACUCGAAGGAAAUUCUCAGAGUUUCAAAGUCAGCUGAAAGGGAUACUUUUUCAUGUAAGUUGUCUGUGCCUAUCUUACAAUACCUGCAAUUUUUCAGGAGACGUCUGCAGAUGGCAGCCAGUUAUAAGAAAUGGAAAGCUGAGUUCUUCACUUACAUUUUGUAAGCUCAUAGUUUUCUAGCUAGAUUGUAGUCAAAAUGGCACGCCAUAGAAUGCUUUCCACUUUGACAUGCAAGCAGUGUGCUAUUUUUUUACGGAGGUCUGGGAUUCAUUAUGAUGGCUGACCAGUUGGUAACUGCUUGAGAAGUUUCUAUGAGAGAUCGUUCCAUCUCUGAUGGAAGUUGUACUCAUCUCUUCACACUUAAUAAAUCAGAGAAGCUUGGAACAAUGCUUGACAAGGUGGUACGCUUGCAAAAUCUUGUUGAAAACUUGGGUUUGGAGUUGGGUAUCGCGGAAGAUACGCUUCAAAUUGUGAAGGAUGCUGCGUCACUAGCAAUGUCAGACCUUGCUACUGCAGUAGUAACGGAAUUCACUGGCCUUUCCGGAAUAAUGGCACGUCACUAUGCUCUAAGGGAUGGAUACUCAGAGCAGGCAAUUAUCGGCCUCUUGGCUGAGCUCUUCUAUUUUUUACGUUACCUUGCAGAUUGGACAGCCUUGUGGGUUUAUUUGGCUGCUGGAUGCCAGCCUAGUUCUACUAAUGACCAGUUUGGCCUGAGAAGAAUCUCGUAUGGUCUGGUUCAAAUAUUAGUAGAAAGGGAGAAAAAUUUGGAUUUGCUUCAUGCUAUAAAACUUGCUGCUGCUUUGCAACCAAUACACGUGGAUGCUCAAAUAAUAGCACAUGCAUUUGUUACUCGAAGACUAGAGCAAUUUUUGGUUGACAAGGGAAUAAGUCCUGAAUUCGUCCGUUCAGUACUGGCUGAGCGUGGGAACUCUCCUUAUGUCGCUGCAAAAACAGCAUUCAAAGUGAUAGAUUACGGAGUAAAUAAUUAUUUUCCCCCCCAGAUGCGAGCGUUGUCAGAAGAUCAUCUUUUUCCUAAGGUGGUUGAAGUGUAUUCUCGUCCAACAAGAAUAGUGCGAGGAAAGGAUUAUGAUUCGAGUUAUGAGGUGGAUGAAACGAAGUUCGAGACAAAUGAAGAGAGAGGCUUGUGGAAUGCUCUCUUGUCGACGAGAAGCAAAUUCACCCUGGUACUCUUGCCGCAUUUCAGAACUUGUAUCGAGGUUGAUGAAUUUAUUGAAAUUUCUGCGGAGCUGUUACAGCCACUUGAGGAUUUCUUCAAUAAUGUCUUCGUCAUGGUGGAAGAUGAAAGCAUACGAAAAAACAGGCUUGCUCUACUUAAGAGAAUCGCGGACCUUCCAAGAGGCAUAGCAGACCUCUCAGUCUUGCCCGGGUUUUAGUGCAACUUCUUUCAAAAUGAACUACAUUACUUCUGACCUUACAAAAAGAAAAAGAACUGCAUUACUUCAGCCAAGAAUGGAAGUUUCUAGGAGAGGGGAAAAGAUGGAGAGAUCUGUAUAAAGAGUCGAGAGUUUUAUCGAACCAUUGGCUGAUUCUAGAGCUACAGUAGAGCAAUUCGGUGUAUCAUGUAUACUAUUAUGUACAACUAUUCUUAACGUUGAUCUUUCAUUGCAUAGUAUUGUACAUAUCAGUGGGUGGUCGGGUUGACGGGCUCUUAAUGUGCAGCUUUUGUGAUCAAGCUUCAUGGACCAUGACCACUCCCUCGAGGUAUGCAAAGGGUUUAAGUGGAAAAUGGGGUUAAUUGCAUCGGUUGUCACUUAAGUUUACGUUCUGUUGCACGGUGACCAUAUAAGUGUGUUUUGUUGCACAUAAAUCAUUUACGUCGAAUAAUAGUUGCAACGUUAACAUUUCCGUCAAUAGAAUGAAUAGUAGGUACCUAAAAUUAAUUUUCCCCGCCAUGUCAACAGUACACGUCAUCGCCUGACUGAGUCAGAUCGGGCCCACUAUAUAAAUGGGCCUCUUACUUGCAUCGUUGACCCCUUUUUCGAAUUCCAAAUCACG